AUGGAGGUGUGGUUGGCGUCAUUGAAGGUGGAUGGCGAUGUUGGAAGUGUGGAUGAUGUCGUUGAAGGUGUGGAUGCUGUCGUUGGAGGUGUGGAUGGCGUCGUUGGAGGUGUGGAUGGCGUCGUUGGAGGUGUGUAUGGCGUCGUUGAAGGUGUGGAUGGCGUCGUUGGAGGUGUGGAUGGUGUCAUUGAAGGUGUGGAUGGCGUCGUUGAAGGUGUGGAUGGCGUCGUUGAAGGUGUGGAUGAUAUCGUUGAAGGUGUGGUUGGCGUCGUUGAAGGUGUGGAUGGCGUCGUUGAAGGUGUGGGUGUUGGCGUUAAAGGUGUGGAUGUUGUUGUUGAAGGUGUGGAUGGCGUCGUUGAAGGUGUGGAUGGCGUCGUUGAAGGUGUGGAUGAUGUCGUUGAAGGUGUGGUUGGCGUCGUUGAAGGUGUGAAUGGCGUCGUUGAAGGUGUGGGUGUUGGCGUUAAAGGUGUGGAUGGUGUUGUUGAAGGUGUGGAUGGCGUCGUUGAAGGUGUGGAUGGCGUCGUUGGAGGUGUGUAUGGCGUCGUUGAAGGUGUUGAUGGCGUCGUUGGAGGUGUGGAUGGUGUCAUUGAAGGUGUGGAUGGCGUCGUUGGAGGUUUGGGUGUUAGCGUUAAAGGUGUGGAUGGUGUUGUUGAAGGUGUGGAUGGCGUCGUUGAAGGUAUGGAUGGCGUCGUUGGAGGUGUGUAUGGCGUCGUUGGAGGUGUGGAUGGCGUCGUUGAAUGUGUGGAUGAUGUCGUUGGAGGUGUGUAUGGCGUCGUUGGAGGUGUGGAUGGCGUCGUUGAAGGUGUGGAUGGCGUCGUUGAAGGUGUGGGUGUCAGCGUUUAA